AUGUCUGAGGUGAACAAACAGCUCGACGAAAUCCGUUCAUCCCAAUCGCAGCAGUCAGAAGAAAUAAGGAAAGAGUUGGGAGGAGAAACUGCAGAACUUAAAGCAAUGAUUUCGCAAAUCCUCAAGGCUACAAGCAUCGAUCAAACUCAAUCCUCUACGCCAAAACCAACAGACCCAACCUCAUCGGACCACAGCACCAUCAAAACAGCCGCACCACCCGCCGCGGAAACCCACCCUCCUCUUCCCCACGUACUCUCUUCCCGCUUAACAAAAGUCGGUUUCACGAUGUUCGACGGAACGGAGCUCAAAGAAUGGAUAUAUCGAUGUGAACAAUUUUUUUCCAUCGACAACACAUCACCAGAACUAAAAGUCCGUCUCGCCGCUCUUCAUCUCACCGGAAAAGCUCUACAAUGGCACCACGGAUAUAUCACAAAUCGUUAUAACAUAUAUCCUCUCUGGCCAGACUACAUUAGCGCUAUAUCAUCACGAUUUGGAGAGCUAUACUAUGAUCCUCUCGCCGAACUCGUCAGUCUAAAACAGAGCAGCGACACUAUUGACGAAUACCUAGAGAAGUUUGAUUCUUCAAUGACUCGUCUCACGCUCCCACCGGAACACGCACUGAGCAUCUUCUUGACCAACAUGAACCAACAUCUUGCUUUCCAUGUUCGACAGUUCAACGUAACUACCGUUCCAGAAGCUGCCCGCAUAGCCAAAUUCCAUGAUCUCUCUCUCCAGCACGCUCCUGUAAAGUCAUCCCGACCUUCUUACAACUCGUACCAAAAGACAAAUUCAUCAUCUUCAUACAAAUCUCAACCUGCGACCACACCGGCAACACCGAACACAAAACCUCUGCUACAAAAUACAAAUCAGAAACGCCUUACCUUCGACGAGAUGCAGGAACGAAAGCGUAAAGGUUUAUGUAUGUUCUGCGAAGAACCCUUUACUCCAGGCCACCAGCUUAAACACAAGCGAGCUCAAAUCUUGUAUCUCGAAACCGAGAACGAAGACUCCGAAGAGGAAGAAGACAUACAGACACCAUCUGAUACAAACCUCGAAGAUACUAAUAACAAAACCCCCACCAUCUCUGUUCAUGCUCUCAACGGCUCACCAACUUACAAUUGCAUGAGAAUCAUAGGCCAAUACGGAAAAAGAAAGCUCCAUAUUCUCAUCGAUCCUGGAAGCACUCACAACUUCCUUGAUCUCCAAGUUGCUAAAACUCUUGGUUGCAACCUUACAUCGAUCACACCGAUGCCCGUAGCCGCAGCAAGUGGCGACCUGAUCACCAACUACAAGUGCAGCGAUUUUGUAUGGAAGACACAAGGAUAUGAAUUCAAGUCUGAAGUCCGGACCUUACGACUCGGAUUUAGCGACCUUGUUCUUGGAGUUCAAUGGCUCUCAACUUUGGGACCCAUCUUAUGGGAUUUCUUAAAUCUUCGUAUGGAAUUCAAAUUCAACGGCUUAAAGCAUGUCCUCCGAGGUAUCACACCAAACGACUCAAAAAUUAUCUCCAGCAACAGCUUGAACAAAUUAUUGUUACAAGAACCGCAGCUAGCACUUCUCCAUCUCCGUGAGAAUCGCGAAACAGAGUCACCACAAGGACUCAACCCUGAGGCGAUUUUAUACCACAUUGAAGCUAGUAAUACCGAACUAGACACAUCAGGCUCGUUACAACGUCUCAUAGAAUCUUACUCCGAUAUUUUUGACGACCCAACGGAGCUACCUCCCUUUCGUCAAGGAUUUAAUCAUAAAAUACCCCUGGAAUCCGGUGCUAAUCCAGUCAAUCUCAGGCCUUAA